CCGACUUCACGACAGAGACUCACUUCCUGACUUGUACUCUGUCAGUCAUACUAGCCUCACUAACACCAGUGCUUAUACUGUGGCUCCUUCUGAAAGCUCAGAUAACGAUGGCAAAUCUAUUUCGGACCGAGAACGGGUCUCGCAUACGCUUCUACUUCUACAACAUCCCCGACGACAGAAAGGCAGAACUGACAGAAAAGAUCCAGGUACAUGGCGGCCGUGUAACGAAAAUCGAGCCCGCCGUGCACCCAGACGCCGAUACCAAACAAUUCGUAAUCCUCGUAAACACAGACGCACAGCUCUACAAACUACGCAAAUCAUACGAAGGCAAAGAGAAUGUCCGCAUAUCGAAGACCGGUGUUGUAGACCUGAGCAUCAAGCGUGGCUCUUACAGUCGUUCUUUGCCUCCGUCUAUGACUCCGAAGCCUCCUGUAGUGGAGAGGGUCCCGUAUACGGCAGAGGACGAAGAGAAUAUGGUUCGAUGGCUUGCUACACGCAUGCCACACAAAGCCGACGGUGGACGCGCCGGAAACCUCGAAUGGCAAGAGCUUUGCUCACGCGCGGCACAAUACGGCGAGAACGAAUGGGCGAAACGCCACACCUGGCAAUCAUGGCGAGACCACUACAAGCAUAAGCAAACAGACUUGGACUCUAGGAUCGAUAAACUCGUGGAAUUGUAUCCUCCAUCGUCGGAUAGGAAAGGGAUGGCUCCUGUGAAGCGUUCGGUGAAGAGGCUGAGGAGGUCGGAUGCACUUGGUGAUGACUCGGAUGGGGAAGUGUUUGAUCUUAGCGAUGAUGGCACAGACAAGGAGCAGAUGAGGGAGGAGGCGGUGGAAGCGGAAGAAGAGGAGGAGGAAGAAGAAGAAGAAGAAGAAAACUUGUCAGGUAAAGAAGCCUCGGGUGGGGUAGGGAAAAAUAGAAAGAGAAGCCUGACAGGAAAGAGUUUGUAGACGUGCUCCGAUGUCGCCAAUCCUUAUAAGUAUUCUCCACCGUCCUUUCUCCUCACUCAUACUUACACUCUUACUCUAAACUUCGUCCGUCCGACUCAUACGACUUUCAUUUUCUAUAAUCUCAUAGUGGCCCUC